UAUCGAGUUGUUCGUUCGCCGGGUCUGUUAGGUCGCUACUGGUGAAUGAAAAUUAACAAUUUUUUUUAAUACUCUCAAUAGAGAGAUAUCAACUCAAGCGUUUACGACCACGUAGGUACCGUACCACCUACAAAGAGCGACAAUAAUACGGCAAUAUGCAGUACAACAGCUUUCACAAUCAACAUCCUAUCUUUAGACCUCGACUAGACCGGAAUGAACAAUUCGGUAAAAUUCCAUUCUUCAAUGGCCUGCAUGAUUUUGGUGGGCCAAAAAAUUUUACACCAAGAAAUGGAAUGGGCAACAAAAACUUCAGGCCUAGAAAUGAUUUUAAUGGCGUAAGAAACGAUUAUAACAAUUUCAAAAAUGAAAAUGGAAAUCCUGCCGAUUUUGGCGGACCAAAAGAAUACAGGCCAAGAAAUAACUACAACCAAACCCAAAAAAAAAAUGAUUAUGAUGGAGAAAAAAAUGCUGGAGGCAACAUGCAAUUUUACAAUGGAAAAAAUGAUUUUGGUGGCCCUAAACAACAAAAUUUCCCUAAAAACUUGGGGCCCAAAAACUUUAAUAAUCAAAAUGGUCUCAAUAAUUGUCAACAAUAUGUUCCCAAAAAAAUUUAUAAUAAUUCCUCGUCUCCGUCAUCAGAUUUCAAUGAUCGUAAAUUACAAAGCAGGAAAGCUAAACAUCCUGGUGAUAGCCUAACAAAACCUGAAUGGGACAUGGCAAGCCUUGAUACAAUUCAAAAAAAUUUCUACAAACCACAUGCCAACGUUGAAGGACGUUCGGAGGAAGAAGUACAAAUGUUCCGUGCAGCUAAAGAAAUCACUGUAAGUGGAAAUAAUGUUCCUCGUCCUAAUCAUGUGUUCGAUGAAGGUAAUUUUCCUGAUCAUGUAAUGAGUACUAUUAAAGAGCAAGGUUGGGAAGAACCUACAGGUAUCCAAGCACAAGGAUGGCCCAUUGCAUUAUCUGGUCGCGAUAUGGUAGGAAUUGCAUCUACUGGAUCAGGGAAAACUUUAGCUUACAUGCUUCCUGCAGCAGUUCAUAUAGUUCAUCAACCAAGAAUCCAACGGGGCGAUGGCCCUAUUGCUCUUAUUCUGGCUCCAACAAGAGAAUUGGCACAGCAAAUUCAAUCUGUAGCACAAGCUUACAGUGCCCGUGGUUGUAUAAGGAAUACGUGCCUAUUUGGUGGUUCACCGAAAGGACCUCAAGCUAGAGACUUAGAAAGAGGCGUAGAAAUUGUUAUUGCAACACCAGGGCGGUUAAUUGAUUUCUUAGAGCGAGGAACUACCAACUUACGUCGGUGCACUUAUUUGGUUUUGGAUGAAGCAGACAGAAUGUUGGAUAUGGGAUUCGAACCUCAAAUCCGCAAAAUAAUUGAACAGAUCCGUCCGGACCGUCAAGUUUUGAUGUGGUCUGCUACUUGGCCAAAGGAAAUUCAAGCUCUUGCUGAAGAUUUCUUAACUGAUUACAUCAAAGUUAAUAUUGGUUCGUUAAAUCUCUCUGCAAAUAACAAUAUAAAGCAAAUCAUAGAGGUCUGUGAAGAACACGAGAAAGAAUUAAAACUUUCAAAUUUGCUGAAAGAAAUUGCUUCGGAAAAGGACAACAAAGUCAUUGUAUUUGUUGAGACAAAGAAAAAAGUGGAUGACAUAGCACGUGCAGUGCGACGCAAUGGACACAAAGCUCUAGCUAUUCACGGCGAUAAGUCGCAACCUGAGCGCGACGCCGUUUUAACAGAGUUUCGCAAUGGAGCCACAACUAUUUUGAUUGCUACUGAUGUUGCUGCUCGUGGUUUAGAUGUUGAAGAUGUAAAAUUCGUUGUUAAUUUUGAUUACCCAAAUUCAUCUGAAGAUUACAUUCACAGAAUUGGUCGUACAGGCCGAUGCCAACAGUCUGGUACAGCAUACACUUAUUUUACGAGUGGUGAUGCUCGCCAGGCCCGUGCUUUAGUGGCAGUGCUUCGUGAAACGGGACAAAAUCCUCCUGCUAAGCUUAGUGAUAUGGCAAGGAACAACAACAACAGUUCAAGUCGUAAUCGCUGGCAGCAACGCAAAGAAAACAACAGUGGUGCAAGUUCACCUCGCCAAAAGAGCAAUCAAUGGAAUAAUAAGAUGGCUAAUAUGAGUAACGAAGAAAAUCAAAAUAAUUAUCAAAAUCGCAAUCUACAACAACAUCAACAACAACAGCAACAACAAGCACCACGAUUUUCUAACCAGAACCAAAACACCAACCAAGGCUAUAGACAAAACAGUUACCAAAAAACUGUACCUUUUCCUAGCCCAAAUGUAUUUGAAUCAAUGGGAAGCUACCAAGGAGGAUACAACAAUGGAUAUCAAAACGCAUACAACAAUCAAAAUGGUUAUGGGCAACGUACGUUCAACAAUACACGUGGAAAUGGUGGUCAACAAUACCAUCGUAAUACUAACUCAGUUGGAAAUAAGUCAGCUGGAUCAGGGUCUUCUUAUGGAUCUCCACCACCUCAUUUUGCUACACCACCCCAUUACACUCAAAUGCAUCCUCAUCAUCAGGAAAUGCUCGGAGGCAAAUUUUACGGUGGUGGCGUUGGAGGCGGCGGUCCAUGUGGCUACCAAGCAGCUGUAGGAGCUGGUGUUCCAUACCCACAUUUACCACCUGGCCCACUAUUGUAUGCAGCUCCAGUUCAACAGUAAUAUUAUUUUAGCAAUUACAGAGUCCCUUAUAUGUGAAAAAACUAAGGUUUUUGUAAGGGUCUUUUUUCUUUAUAAUGGUAUCCCUUUUCCCCACUGUCUUUGCUCCUAAUAUUCAUCAUAGUAUAAAAAAUAAUAUUGUACUUAGCUUCAAUUUGUAUUGUAUUUGAGCUCCAACCAAAUGGGCGAUGUGUUUUGUUUUUUGUAAUAAUCACUUUUUAAUAAUAUAUGAUUAGAAUAUAUUUUGUAGAUCUGAUUGAAAGCUUGCAAACAUUAUUAAUAAGGUAUAUGAACAGUUUCGCUUUUCUUUAUUUUGACAGUAAAUGAAAAAGUUUUUUUGAGUAGAGCAACUGUGCAACAUUUUUGAUAAUUCUUAAAUGCUUGUGAUUUCUCUUUCAGAUCAAUAUUUACGAAUUAAGUAGGUGUGUUAGGUUAAACCUGGUUUAUUAACUGUUGACCAUAUCAGUAUUUACAAAUAAUACAAUUAUGUAUUAAUUUCUCCUAUAAAACCACUAUUCUUACAGUAAGUCAGUGUAAUUAGCAUUUAUUGGAAGCAUUUACUGUUGUGAUUUAAAAUCACGGUUCUGUAAAGCAAACAAUAUUUGUAGUGUUUAAAAUUUCUUAAAUGUCAAAAUGUAUAGCAGUUAAAAGAUAAUAAUAUACUAUUUAAUAAUGAUUAAUCAUUUCUAAGUGUUUUGAAUGUUUAAAGAAAAUGUUCUAACAAAAUACUAAAUGGUAAAAUGAGAAAUAAAUCAGUUUAAUGUUAGAUGUCCUUAAUAUUAAAGAAAAAAAGAGUAAAUACGGUCAACAGCGAAUGAUCCAAAUUGGUGGACAUUUUGAGUAACUGUUGUUUCCACCAUUAGAUUUUAAUCAAUAUAUGUAUGUAUUUAGAGUAGUUGGUGUGGUACCCUCUUGUGUAAUCCCGGGUGCCUUUCGUUUUAAAGAUGUCUGUAUGAUGUACGAAAUGCACGAAACAUAUAGAAGAUGAGUAAAAUUUAAGGGGGUGGGAUUCAAAGGGCAGAUAUAAAGUGUAAUAUUCUAUAUAAAUUAUUUUCAUUGUUAAUAAUGAUGAUCUUACCCAGUGAAAAUGAGCGGGACAACUUAGUAUAAGAAAUUUAAAAAAAGCUUUUGAUAUACUUUAAAACAAUCUGUAUUGCCAGAUAAAAUUGUGAAUAUUUUUCUUAUAAUUAUGUCAGUGACAUUUCAGGUCAAUAUUUCAAAGGUAUAUAUUUUAUUAAUGAUUAUUAAACCUUGAGUAUUAUGCCUAGGGGUCUUACUCUAAAACAGUUAGACUAAAAUAGCUUAGGUUUCAAAUGCAGUUAAAUUUAAUUAUUUGUAUCUUUCACAAAAAAAAUUACGAAGGUAUGUAAAUACGUGCAUUUAACAUAGGAGCAUUAGAAUUUUGAUCUAUAUAAAUAGCCGAGCAAUGGUUACUUUCUUUUUAGCGAAAUAAGUCAUUUCUUAUUAAUUGUUUUUCGAUUAUUUUAUAUAAUGUAAAUUUCACAUAAUUCUAGUUUAAUUACUGGAGUUUCUUUGUACGUAAAGGGGUUCUAAGGGCUAACGAUAAGAAAGUCAAUUGGUACAAAAUAUUAAUAAUUAUAAAACAGGUAUUAUGUAUUGUGUUGUUUUAGAAGCCCAUUACUGUCCAAAGAGGGAAAAUCUGUGAUAUUUCAUUACUAUAACCUGUCGUUGCGUUGGUCAAUUGUUAAUACAUAAGAACACUUCCUUUUAUUUGGAAAGUGUAAACACUAGACAAAAAUAUAUUUUUUGACUAUUUGAGGGAAUUUCAUGAAUGUUUGUGACAACAAGCUUGCAAGUCGCUCACAAAAAUAUUAUAUGAUAGGUAUAAGAAUAUUUUAUUGUUAUUCAAUUUAGUUUUCAGUUUACCGCAAGGUGACGAAAUGUACCAGUUCAAAGGGACGUAAUAGUUAUUAUCUAGAAAUCCCGUUAAUAAACUGCAUCUUAAAGAUACGAAGUAAUAACACGGGUCAGAUUUAUUCAAGGGGUGAACAACUCGAUUGGGUCUCGUGUUUAAAAUGCAUUUACAAUGCGAGAUUCAUAUACUGUUUGUGUACAUUAUAAGAGAAAGACUGCAAUAAAGGAUGUGUAAAUGUGCAUAUAUAUUCAUCUUAAAGAUGUUUAUCCUAUAUGCUUGCCUUCCUUCCAUAUCGUUGAUUAAAUAAGAUUGUUAUGCAAGAGAUCAUGUUAUCAAAGUGAAUGCUUAUUGACGGUAUGGUAAGGCUUAGGCUAAAUGAUUGUCCGCUUCGUCGGCAAUCGUAUUGUAUUGAGUAUGGUCGCGGAUUGCAGGUAGCUCCUGUUUUAUGUACAAAGUACUGCACCCACCUCUACUAAACAACUGUGAUAAUAACACUAAGUAGCGUAGCAGGCGAUUUAUAUACUAGUUACGUCCAAGAGAAGGAAUGACAUCAUAUCUGACAUAUUGUAUUGUGAUAAUAAAGAUUAUAUCAAAACGUGUAUACAAUUUCAACACGUAUUGAUAAACUUUUUUCUCUAAACAAGACUGAUUAUAAUUAUUUCUAAUUGAAUAUUUUAUACAAGUUUCACUUUGACUGAAUGAAUUAAGAUGUCUGUAUUUAUAUUGGUAGAAUUCUUGUGCUGUGUGUUUUCUCCAAAUUUUUUUUAUUCACUAUGUUGGAUAUGUGUCAAAGAGCCUUUCUAUGCGGUCACCUAUUGGAAAUGAUAUUUAACUCAUUUAUAAGUUGAUUUCUAUUUUUUAAUUGUGAUGGUAAAUGUUGUUGACAAAUUGUGGCAGCGACAGUACGAGAACUAAAGUUAUAAAAUGUAUGUUAUUAUUUGUUGUUAAUUUGCAAAAUUUUAUUUAUUCAACAAGAUUAUCUCAUAGACAAUUGUAGUUUCACGCUUUACCUAUAUACUAUUUAAGGAUUUAUUUUCUAAAAUUGUAGGUUUGUGAAAAAUAUACAUAGAUUUUUAAGUAUGUGGCAAUGCAGAUCUUCAUAAAUAUUGAUUCUAUAACAAAGUACAUAGUUCAUAUUUAUUCAAUUUAUAAGGUAUAUAAAUGGAGAGAGACUCUGUUUAAUGUCCCAAAGGGAAGUCUUCUGAAUGUUUCUAAGAAGUGCAUUUCUUCUAUGUAAUACAGUAUUAAAUUCUGAUUAAUAAAUUGAUGUAUGAA